UGGCGACACAGACAAGAGGCGUUUCUGGGUCAUUCACGUGUGAAAUAAUUACAAAACAGCUCUGCGUGAAGUUUGAGAUAGAGAAACUUUCUCGGUGCAAGACAUUUCGUUCGUGUGUCGGUCCGCUUGUUAUUUAUUUGCAGCUAUUCGGUAACACAUGCAGCGUCAGGACACUGUUGACGAUUGAGAGCACUUUGUGGGGAGAUAGAGUGGGCGUCCGCGACUCCGCUUCUUGCCAGGGGUGUAAUCAUUAGUCCAAAACGUUUUGGAACGGAAAUCGUUUACUCCAAACGGGAAACGAGAGUUUCUCAAUAGGCACAUUUAGGAAGGUCCUUCCCCGUUUGGUUUCUAGUGAAUACACCCCUGGCAACGCUCCGAAAUCACAAGUGAGACGCUCAGCUAAACCAAACCUAAUCGAAUUGAGACUUAACAUAUGGUUCAAACAGAGGACUUACUUCCCGGGACAGAGAACUCUUUGGAGCCGAAGUCAUAAAAGCACAGGUGGCAGAGUAACCGCAGGACAUCGAGACUGUUCUUUGCUGCAGUCUUUCCUCCAGACUCUCUCUCUCUUUCGUCUUCCAUUUCCCAUACCCGCUUGGCUUCCUUUCUCUGGUUCUCUACCUGCACCUAUAUCCCUCCUUCCAUCCGGCCAUCCAUCCUUCCUUGAGUCUCCCUCCAAUCCGGCGGCGCUGCCAUCAUGCGUCGGUUCAGCUCAGAGGGGUCCCUACUGAAUAUGGACUUCCUGCCGUGGAAGAAGGUGGAGCUGAAGAACCAGAACUACCACAGCCGGGACGGGGAGUCAGGCACCUACACCCCCCACCUGGGGGAGGACGAACUGGACGGGCGAACCACCUCUCUCCCCCCCACUCCCCUCAUCCUGGAGCCUGAGGCCAGCCCUGGGAGGACACCGGGGAGGGGGGAGCUGGGCAAGGAGCACAGCGUCAGCGUGGAGAACGUCACAGACCUGGGGAAGCCAGAGGGUAAGGGUCAUCUGAGAGUGGUGAACCUCAGUGAAGGAUGCAGGGCGUACAGUGACGGCCAGUUGGCGCCGGCGACUUUGGGUAGCAGCACAGAGAGCGUGGGCAGGCACGGCCGGCCUCCGCCCUCUCCCUCGUACUCAACCUCUGGCUCCAGCCCCUUCUCCUUCAAGUCACAACAACGGUCCCACGCCAGAGCCAAGCUGUCCGCAGCCAAGCUACAUCUGAAGAGCCUGUUUGGGCAGACUUUCAUAAACCCUAAUACUCCUCCCCCCCUCUCUCUCUCUCUUCUUCAUCCCCCCCUCCCCUCCUCUCCAGCGGGUGUGUCUGUGUUUGGAGCAUUCCUGCGCUCAGAGUUCAGUGAGGAGAAUCUGCAGUUCUAUCUGGCCUGUGAGCAGUACAGAAACUCCUCCAAUAACUUCAGCCUGCAUAGACGGGCCAAGGAGAUCACUGUCACCUAUAUCGAGGCGGGGGCACCGCGAGAGGUGAACUUGGACAGUAAGACCAGAGAUCUAACCACACAGCUCCUACAGGCUCCAUCACACACCUCCCUGUCCCACGCCCAGAAACGUAUCUACUCCCUCCUGGAUACAGACUGCUACCCUCGCUUCCUCCAGUCCACCAUCUACCUCACCCUGCUGGGCCAGGCUGACUAGACACUAAGGGCUCCAUUCAAUCCAUAUCGCCAAAGUUCAGCACUAUAGCGCAAUCAGAACAUUUUAAAGGCAAUGUUCCCGCGUUCGCGGAGACUGCAUUUCACGUUAAACGCUACAGCAUAUUUUGUCUCAAUCUCUGAACAUCCACAAUACAAAAUGAUUGGAGACCUAAAGCUGCAUCCCUAAAGCUGCUUCCCUAUUCCCUAAAGCUGCAUCCCUAUGGCUGCACCCUAUUCCCUAAAGCUGCAUCCCUAUGGUUGCACCCUAUUCCCUAAAGCUGCAUCCCUAUGGCUGCACCCUAUUCCCUAAAGCUGUAUCCCUGUUACCUAAAGCUGCAUCCCUAUGGCUGCAUCCCUAUUCUCCGCUCUUCAUCCUUUCUCCCGAAGUGCACACUUUUGUAGAUAUGGAGCAGUGGUGGGGAUAGUUGCAGGAGAUACAGUUACAAUGCAGAGUUAAAGAGGGUUUAAGGGGUUUAGUCAUUCCAGUAGACGAACAGGCUUGUGUUCAUUAGGGCAUGGAACAGAAACACUUUAAAAAAAAAUGCAACGGAAAACAAAAAUGAGUGUUUCUUAUU